CCAGGCCUCUUUCUGUAGCAAAUUACCCUCACUCACCUGUUCCAGGAAAUCCGACACCACCUAUGACUCCCGGCAGCAAUAUGCCUCCCUACCUGUCUCCUAAUCAAGAUGUCAAGCCACCUUUCCCACCAGACAUUAAGCCAAAUAUCAAUGCUUUACCACCACCUCCAACCAGCCAUAAUGACGAGCUGCGCCUGACGUUCCCUGUGCGAGACGGGGUCGUCUUAGAGCCCUUCCGGUUGGAGCACAACCUGGCGGUCAGCAAUCACGUCUUUCACCUGCGGCCAACCGUCCACCAGACCCUCAUGUGGAGAUCAGACUUGGAGUUACAAUUCAAGUGUUAUCACCAUGAAGACAGGCAAAUGAACACUAACUGGCCAGCGUCGGUCCAGGUCAGUGUCAACGCAACUCCACUCACCAUUGAACGGGGCGACAAUAAGACAUCGCAUAAACCUCUGCACCUCAAGCACGUUUGCCAGCCAGGAAGAAAUACAAUUCAAAUCACUGUCACGGCAUGCUGUUGUUCCCAUUUGUUUGUUCUGCAGUUAGUACACCGGCCUUCAGUCCGUUCUGUUCUUCAGGGCCUAUUAAAGAAGCGCCUGCUUCCGGCUGAACAUUGUAUCACCAAAAUCAAGAGGAAUUUUAGCAGCGUGGCCGCCUCUUCGGGCAACGCUCCUCUCAACGGAGAAGAUGGUGUGGAGCAGACGGCCAUCAAAGUCUCUCUCAAAUGUCCCAUCACAUUCCGGCGGAUCCAACUUCCAGCAAGAGGUCACGAUUGCAAGCAUGUACAGUGUUUUGAUCUGGAAUCCUACCUGCAGCUGAACUGUGAACGAGGCACCUGGAGAUGCCCCGUAUGCAAUAAAACAGCUCUGCUGGAGGGCCUAGAGGUGGAUCAAUACAUGUGGGGCAUUUUGAACGCUAUACAAAACUCUGAGUUUGAAGAAGUCACAAUUGAUCCAACGUGUAGCUGGAGACCUGUCCCAAUCAAGUCAGACAUUCACAUCAAGGAUGAUCCAGAUGGCAUUCCUUCCAAAAGGUUCAAAACCAUGAGUCCCAGCCAGAUGAUCAUGCCUAAUGUGAUGGAGAUGAUUGCUGCCCUGGGUCCAGGUCCAUCUCCUUACCCAUCAAUCCCACCGCCUCCCGGAGGAACCAGCUCCAAUGAAUACAGUAGCCAAGGUAACAGUUACCAAGGCCACAGCAAUUUCGAUUUCCCCCAUGGGAAUCCCGGUGGGACAUCUAUGAACGACUUCAUGCAUGCUCCCCAGUUGUCACACCCACCGGAUAUGACCAGCAACAUGGCAGCGCUUGAUAAGCCCUUAAGUCAUCCUAUGCAGGAACCUAUCCCUCAUCCUGGCAACACUGAUCAAUCCCAUAGCUCCAUGCCUCAAGGUUUGCACGUCCCUCAUCCCAGCAGCCAGUCAGGGCAGCCAUUACAUCACAGUGGUCCCCCGACUCAGCCGUCCCGGCAGCCGACCCAGGCCGCUUCUAGCAACCAUCCUCACAGCGAUCUGGCUUUUAACCCCUCGACAGCUUUAGAAGCUCAACCUGGUGGGCAGGGGACAUCUGACAUGCCGGAACCUUCGCUGGAUCUACUUCCCGAGCUCACGAAUCCCGAUGAGCUACUUUCCUACUUGGAUCCUCCUGACUUACCAAGCAAUAGCAACGAUGACCUUCUCUCUCUCUUUGAGAACAACUGAAGCCUUCUUCAUUUCACUCCCAACCCACCUCCCUCCCGUCGGACACCUCCGUAGCUUCACAGCGAGGCAUCGCGAAUGACUCUUUCCCACGAGGUCAAGCUCACCGCUCGAGCGUACAGCAGCACACACUCCUUCCUGUCUUCACCUCGGACCUGCUUGAGUCCCAAGUUUGGACCGCGGCGGUGAAGAGAAGCAAGAGGACAAUCUGGGGUUGACCUCUUAGACUGCCUGUCCACAUCCCAGACCGUUUGUACAGCUAUGGGAAAAAUAAACCCUCACUCUGGUUCUACAGACCGAAAGAGUGGAUGACUUUUUGGGAUAUCUAGCAAGGAACAUCCCAGCCACUCUCAGCAAGGAAAGAAAGAAAAAGGGCCCCAGGUCCAUCCUUGACCAGUUUCAGAGUGUCUUUCCAACCGAUGUUCUUCCAUGCGUUUCCUUCCUCCUGUCUUUCCGCUCGGUCCUCUCCAAGUUAUGCAGAUUCCGGUCUACUUGUCGGACAAAAUAAGGACAACCGUUGGCGGCACAGUUCAGACUCGGAACUCAAAAAUACCAAAAAGCACAAAGAAAUCAGUCAUGUCACAAGUAGGGUAACAUAUACAACAUGUGUCAGAGGGAGACAUCAGACAGUGGGGCUUACCCACCUACCCAUCCACCCACGUGGUCCUGUGAAAUCUCCAGGUUGUAGCAAGCAUGGGGUGUUUUUUUUUCCUAGUCAAUUGUAGCAUCUUUGAUUUGAUUUAAUCACUCUUGUGGGCAGAACAGCUCUUUCCCUUUACACAACGUGUUGUGGUCCGACGUCUCGUGUUUUUUUUCCCCCCCCCGACAAACGCUUUCACUCCGUUGAUUGUCUUUUGGGUCACAGAACGGCCAGUCUCUGAGGAGGGGAAAAAAGGAAAAGGAAAGAAAAAUUGGAGAAAGGUGCGAACCUUUUUUUUUUUGCAUAGGAAAUCAGAAAUCCCUGCAACAUAUUAGCCGUGAGAACGUCUCUCUUUUCUUUACUUAGGCAGUCAAAAAAAUUGCUCCGUUCCUACAGAAAACAGGAAAAGGGAAGGGACGGGAAAGAACACCCACCCCCCCAGCAAGGUGAGGGAAAAAGUUCAAAGUCAAGAUGGCCACCAUAAACAGGUGAUCAAAACUCCACCCCUUUUUAAUCUGCAGGGUACUGAAUGGGACAACUCACCACACAGCCAACCCGCCACAGGACAAGUCGUUACGAGGCAAUUCAAUCAUUCAAUGUAAGGAUUUCAAAUCAUUUAAAAAAAGAUUUUAACUUUUGGUCAUUUGCAUUUCAUGUUAUCUUUUCUUUAACGAUUCUAUUUCACCGUUUCUUUGAUAUUCGUGUAACGAUGAAUUGUCCCGCAGUGAGUUGGCCAUGCUGAGUUGUCCUAGACCAAUGAUGGCAAACCUUUUCGGCACUGAGUGCUCAAACCUGAACGCACUCAUGUGCACGCGUGCGCCGGAGCACCGAAAACCUGAAGACCAGCUGGCCAUUAUGCAUGUGUGCGCCGGAAAUCCAAAGACUGCAUGCAUGUGUGCAUCGG